AUGUCAGAAGUUGAUAAAGUUGCUGAACAGGUCCAGAAAACUUACUUGGACGAUGUUACUGGAGAGCAAGUCUCUAAGACCGAAUUAAAAAGGAGACAAAAGCAAAGGGCUAUUGAAGCUAAGAAGGCUCAAAAAGCAGCAGCAGCAGCAGCAGCAGCACCAGAGCCCAGCAAAAAGAAAGAUGAAUUAGCCGACUUAAAUCCAAACCAGUUUUACGAAAUAAGGUCACGUCAAAUCUCCGAAUUGAGGGAGAAAAAUUAUGCUGAUGCUUCAGCUUUCAACCCGUAUCCUCACAAAUUCGAAGUUACCAAGAACUUAUCAGAUUUCACCAAGGAAUUUGGACACUUGAAAAGAGGAGAAACAUUGCAGGAUAUUACCGUUUGUGUAGCUGGUAGAAUCAUGACCAAAAGAGAAGCUGGUUCCAAAUUGAAAUUUUACGUUUUGAAAGGUGAUGGUGUUGAGGUGCAAAUCAUGGCACAAGCCCAGGAUGCAGAGUCACCCGAGAUUUACGAGAAGGAGCACGAAAUUUUAAGAAGAGGUGACAUUAUCGGUGUUGUUGGGUACCCAGGAAAAACCGCGCCAGCCAAAGGUGGUGAUGGUGAAUUGUCGGUGUUUGCAACUAAAGUGCAAUUAUUGACACCUUGUUUACAUAUGUUACCCACCGAACAUUACGGAUUCAAAGAUCAAGAAGCUAGGUACAGAAAACGUUAUUUGGACUUGAUUAUGAACGACGCAAGCAGAGAGAGGUUUAGAGUUAGAUCAAAAAUUAUUCAGUUUAUUAGAAAAUUUUUAGACGACAGAGACUUUGUUGAGGUUGAGACACCAAUCUUGAAUGUCAUUGCUGGUGGUGCCACGGCUAAACCAUUCACUACUCAUCACAACGACUUGAACAUGGAAAUGUUUAUGAGAAUUGCCCCUGAAUUGUUUUUGAAAGAGUUGGUUGUUGGUGGAAUGGAUAGAGUUUAUGAGAUUGGUAGACAGUUUAGAAACGAGGGUAUAGACAUGACGCACAAUCCCGAGUUUACCACAUGUGAAUUUUAUCAAGCUUAUGCAGAUGUUUAUGAUUUAAUGGAUACCACGGAGAUGAUGUUUUCAGAGAUGGUAAAAGAAAUUACUGGUGAGUACGUUGUUAAAUAUCAUCCAGAAGGACCACAAGGUAAAGAAUUGACAUUGGACUUUUCGAGACCUUGGAAAAGGAUUAACAUGAUGGAAGAAUUGGAAAAAGUGUACAAUGUCAAAUUCCCAUCUGGUGAUCAAUUACAUACAGCCGAGACAGGGGAGUUUUUGCAAAAAGUGUUAAAGGAUAACAAUUUGGACUGCACGCCGCCAUUAACUAAUGCAAGAAUGUUGGACAAGUUAGUUGGCGAAUUAGAAGACGCAUCAAUUAACCCAACGUUCAUCUUUGGCCAUCCCCAAAUGAUGUCGCCAUUAGCCAAGAGGGAUAGAAACAUCCAAGGCUUGUGUGAAAGAUUUGAAGUGUUUGUUGCUACUAAAGAGAUUUGUAAUGCUUACACAGAAUUGAAUGAUCCAUUUGAUCAAAGAGCAAGAUUUGAAGAGCAAGCUAGACAAAAGGCUCAAGGAGACGACGAAGCACAAAUGGUUGAUGAAACUUUCUGUAAUGCUCUAGAGUAUGGAUUACCUCCAACCGCCGGAUGGGGAUGUGGUAUUGAUAGAUUGGCCAUGUUUUUGACUGAUUCCAACACAAUUAGAGAAGUUUUGUUGUUCCCUACUUUGAAGCCAGAUGCUUUAGUGUUGAAAGGAGAAGAACCUUUAAAAGAGGAGCAGUAA